UUUUACUUUUUUAAACAACUUUUUCCACCUUUAAAAAAAAUGCACUACUGUGUGCUGAGCGCUUUUCUGAUCCUGCAUGUGGUCACGGCCGCGCUCAGCCUGUCUACCUGCAGCACGCUCGAUAUGGACCAGUUCAUGCGCAAGAGGAUCGAGGCGAUCCGCGGGCAGAUCCUGAGCAAGCUGAAGCUCACCAGCCCCCCAGAAGACUACCCCGAGCCCGAGGAGGUCCCCCCGGAGGUGAUUUCCAUCUACAACAGCACCAGGGACUUGCUCCAGGAGAAGGCGAGCCGGAGGGCGGCCGCCUGCGAGCGCGAGAGGAGCGACGAGGAGUACUACGCCAAGGAGGUUUACAAGAUAGACAUGCCGCCCUUCUUCCCCUCGGAAACUGUCUGCCCAGUUGUUACAACACCUUCUGGCUCUGUGGGCAGCUUGUGUUCCAGACAUUCCCAGGUGCUCUGUGGGUACCUUGAUGCCAUCCCGCCCACUUUCUACAGACCUUACUUCAGAAUUGUCCGAUUUGACGUCUCAGCGAUGGAGAAGAACGCAUCCAACUUGGUGAAAGCAGAGUUCAGAGUCUUUCGUUUACAGAACCCGAAGGCCAGAGUGCCCGAACAACGGAUCGAACUGUAUCAGAUUCUCAAAUCCAAAGAUCUAACAUCUCCAACGCAGCGCUACAUUGACAGCAAAGUCGUGAAGACAAGGGCAGAAGGCGAAUGGCUUUCCUUCGAUGUAACUGACGCCGUUCAUGAGUGGCUCCACCAUAAAGACAGAAACCUGGGAUUUAAAAUAAGUUUACACUGUCCCUGCUGCACCUUUGUACCAUCUAAUAAUUACAUCAUUCCCAAUAAAAGUGAAGAGCUAGAAGCAAGAUUUGCAGGUAUUGAUGGCACCUCUACAUAUACCAGUGGUGAUCAGAAAACUAUAAAGUCCACUAGGAAAAAAACCAGUGGGAAGACCCCACAUCUCCUGCUAAUGUUGUUGCCCUCCUACAGACUUGAGUCCCAACAGUCCAACCGGCGGAAGAAGCGUGCUUUGGAUGCGGCCUAUUGUUUUAGAAAUGUGCAGGAUAAUUGCUGCCUACGUCCACUUUAUAUUGAUUUCAAGAGGGAUCUUGGGUGGAAAUGGAUUCAUGAACCUAAAGGAUACAAUGCUAACUUCUGUGCUGGAGCAUGCCCAUAUUUGUGGAGUUCAGACACUCAGCACAGUAGGGUUCUAAGCUUGUAUAACACCAUCAAUCCAGAAGCAUCUGCUUCUCCUUGCUGUGUGUCCCAGGAUUUAGAACCGCUGACCAUUCUCUACUACAUCGGCAAAACCCCCAAGAUCGAACAGCUUUCAAAUAUGAUUGUAAAGUCUUGUAAAUGCAGCUAAGGUUCUUGGAAUCGUGGCAAGACGCUACUCACAUGGCGGUGAUGAUGAGGACGACAAGAACAAUGACAAUGUUUGUAACGAGAAAACGUAAGAGAGCCUUGCUUCAACAGUGUUAAAAAAAAUUUGAAAAAAGCGGUACUAGUUCAAACACUUUGAAAGUCUGUGUUCUGUUUGUUAAAACUGGCAUCUGAAACAAAACAAAACAAAAAAUCGAAGGCUUUAUUCUACAUUUCAUCUACUCUGUAAGUGAGAGAGACAAGAAGCAAAACCUUUUUUUUUUUAAGAAAAAAAUAAACACUGGAAGAAUUUGUUGGUGUUAAUUAUGUGAAAGGAAAAAACAAACAAACAAACAGGAAGAUCCCAUUAAGUGGAGUUGCUGUGUGUAAUGCCGUUCCUAUCCCAUGCCUCACUUGAUUUUUCUGUAUUGCUAUGCAAUAGGGACCCUUCCCAUUCUUACCUUCAGAGUUAACAGUGAGUUAUUUAUUGUGUGUUACUAUAUAAUGAACAUUUCAUUGCCCUUGGAAAAUAAAACAGGUGUAUAAAGUGGAGACCAAAUACUUUGCCAGAAACUCAUGGAUGGCUUGAGGAACUUGAACUCAAACGAGCCAGAAAAAAAGGGGUCAUAUUAGCGGAACGAGAACCCAAGCGAGUUAUUAUAUGACCAACCAAGCCUGCGUUAAGAUAAAGACCCUGAAAACACAUGCUAUGUACCAACUGCUAAGGAAGCUUCUUGUAAGGUUCAAAACUGAAAAGCCUGUUAAUAAAGGAAACUUGCAGUCGGCAUAAGUCUGGAAGAUUUUUUUUCCUUUUUAAUUGUAAAUGGUUCUUUGUCAGUUUAGUUAAACUAGUGAAAUGUUGAAAUGUUUUUGAUACGUACUGGUCACACUUCAGACCUGAAAGUAUUGCCGUACAGCUAUGCUAUUGGUUUUUCCUUCGUUUCAGAUGUAUGUAACCAUACCUAUGUUAUUAUAAUAGAGGGUAUAGAAGCCGGUGUAAUUGGAAACACAUCUGCAGAUCUCUUUUUGCAAACUAUUAAAUCAAAACGUUAACUACUUCACAUGCAAUGUGUAAAUUUUUACCAUAUUUUUAAUGUUCUGUAAUAAUGUCAACUAUGAUUUAGAUUGGACUUAAAUUGGGGCUCUCUUUUUAAUGAUCGCUCAGAACUGUGUGUUUCCUUUAGUUGGCCAGAGCUUUCGAGUAAAGCCCUAUAGUUUGACUUGCACUACAAAUAGGUGUUCUAUAGUGUUUCCUCCACUUGUGCUUCGUGCAUUGUCCAUUAUUAUGACAUAAGCUACCUGAGUCCACUUGUCCUGUAGAUUUUCUUUUAUAAAAAGGACAGAUUCAAGUUCAGUAGUCUUUCUCCAUUUUCCAAGCAUCCUUACUAACCAAUUCAGAUGUUAACAAUCUUCUAUUUUAGGAAAAUUGUGGAAUAUUAUAGAUGUAUAGAUAAUUGAGCUGAAAUAUUUUAGUUUUAGCAUGGGCCUCAGGAUCUGACUGAAACUCAGAAUCUUUGUGGCUGAGUUAAGAAAGGCUUCUCCAACUUGGCUUAAUCAAUAUGCUCACAGAAUUCUAUUGUUAGUAGAGAUCGGACAGUUCAUAGGAAACAUCUUUCCUUUAAUCAGGUUUUUGUGUUCAGGGAGGAAAUGGAAAGAUUUACAUUUUCCUUGAUUCUUUUUUAAGGGAGAAAAAAUGCCCUGGUCAGCUUAAGUCACUCGGUUUCUUUCACGGAAGUUAAGGUUCUCACGUGUGUUCUUUGAUGCUUGUAAAGGUACAAGCCAAAUCCUCCCAUGAUCAAAACGUUAUUUUUUCCCUUUGAAUGAGAUUCUCUAGAUCUGAGGCUAGAAUUUACCUUGCUUUAAUAAAUGAAUGAUUUGCCACAUCAUUGCAAGGAAGGGACCCUUCCGCCGGGGUUUGUAGGAGAUGUCAUUUUGCCAAUUGUCCCCUAUUUAGCUGUAAGAUAAAAAUUCAUAGGUAAAACAAUGGAAUAUUAGCAGCAUCACCAAAAGGGCAGGAUGAUGAGGUGCGAAUCCAAGUGAAGUUGUUUGGUAUCCUGUAUUUCCAAAUGUUUGACAUUUCCUUGGCUGUUAAUUAAAUGACAAAUUGGAUUCUCAAGUUUGAAAACUGGAAAAGUGAGAGAGGGGACGCCCUACUAGUAAACAAGCCUGUGUUGGGUGUAACCCAAUCCCAGAAAUGAGUGUGUUGAUUUUUUUUCCUUCCGUUUUUGAUGAAUUCUAUGUAAAUCACUUUUAUUUCUGCAGGUAUUUUCCUCUCAGAUAGAAUGACGUUUUGUUUUGUAUUAUUUUAUCUUUCCUCAUGAAUGCACUGAUAAUAUUUUAAAUGCUCUAUUUUAAGAUCUCUUGAAUCUUUUUUUUAAGUUUGGGGGUUCUGUAAGGUCUUUGUUUCCCAUAAGUAAAUAUUGCCGCGGGCAGGGAGGGAGGCGGGAGGGAAGGGGAAGACGUUAGUCUACGGGUGGGGGUAGGGCUGCAGUUUUUAGAUGUUAAGCAGCAGUACAAUUUUAUGGUUGGCAUGGUUUAAAAAGAAAUGGACUAUAAGAUUAGCUGUUUUGUAUUUUGAUGACUGAUAACGCUGUAUUUUAACAUGAUGUAUGUCUGUUUUGUGGUGCUCUAGUGGUAAAUAAAUUAUUUCAAUUAUAUGUUGGUGUGUUUUUCCUAUCGUGACGUUAUCGUUGGGACUAGAGAACCCUUCUCCUGUGAUGAGAAUCACCUGCAGCUGGAAAGGUCAUGCAUCUUUAAGACUGUGCUCUUCUUCUCAAGGAUAUUCACUUUAGAAAUGUCAUGUUUUAUAGCCCGUGAGCCAGGACACAUCUACCAAGGACUAAAGAAAGCCCUGUGCAGUCUUUUUAUUCCCUUGUUUAUUGCUAUUUGGUAAUUGUUUUAGUUUCCAUCCAGCUUCUACCAGAAAAAGUGCAGAGAGAUGUUUGAACCAUGCCUUGGCUUUCUGGUUCCGUGUUCUGCCAAGCCCGGGGCCAAAAGACCCAGUCUAGACAGCAUCCCCUGUAGCCCCAUAACUUGGGUGGUUGCUGAGCCAGCCAGAUAGAACAAGAGCCAUGUGAUCUUUCGGAUGGGUGUGGGAGCAGCUACUCUCCUGUUUCACCCGGACCACUGCACCUAAAAGCCUCUAUUCCUGCAAAGUGCUUUGGCCAUUUCCCCAAGGCCAGACUUUGUAAGUGAGUUGCCAACUAAUAGAAAAGUAGUUGUGGCUCAGUCUGGUGGUCUUGAUUUAUCGAAUGAAAACACCAGUUUGUGCCCAUUAUCUAAACCUCACAUGGAAACAAACCAUCAAUGCAAGUGUUUAGGUAGAAUGGAAAAUAGUCCCUUUUCUAUGAUCAUCUGUGUUUCAUCUUUAUACUCAACUCCUAGGUAAAGAAAGUGUUUCACUUUAGCAUCAUUAUUUCCUGCUUCUCCACACAGAGUGGCCAGUCCCAGGCCUGUUACCUCCAGCCCACAUCACCUUUAUGUGGUGAGUAAGAAAAAGAAGGUAUCAGGGUAAAGAAGGUAUCACGCAAUGGCAAGCUUGUCAGCCAUUCUGAGCCUUGUUUCUUUCAUUUUUAAAAGGAGGAUGCCACUCCCUGCUUGACAGGGUUUUGCAAGUUUGUUUUUGUUUCCUUGUUGUCAAGUGAAUCUACACAUGAAAAGAAUUUCCCUUGGGUUUGGCCUGCGGUUACUGAUUGGUAAAUGGUAGUCUUAAUAAUCUUUCUCAAGUUGUUCUGUUUUUGGCCUGGCAAUUCCACUGUAAUGAGCUUUUUAUAUUCAGACUGUAGCCUGGGCCCAUACUCCCCCAUCUUGAGAGUGAAUUGGUCAGCCCUCUAGACUCUACUCUCAUAAAUGGAUCAGGCCAUCGGUUAUUUCUGAGAAUAUUUUCUAAUUCUAUUUGUUAAUCUUUUGGUUACAUGUCUGACCAGAAAUUGUUAAGACUAGUGGGGGGGAAAGUUCAUGUAAGUCUUUGCUUAUGUUGACCAACUAAAUUUCAAAGUGAAAGAGACAAAAUGGCCAGUUGAAUGACCCAUUUCCUAAGAUGUUAACCUAUUUAACCUCACAUAUUGCCUUAUUAUGUAGGUUCUCUCUCUCUCUCUCUCUCUCUCUCUCUCUAUAUAUAUAUAUAUAUAUAUAUAUAUAUAUAUAUAUAACUCCAUUUUACAGGGAUGUGAAUGGUUAAAUCAUGUGUCCAAAAUCCCCCACUUUGUAAGGGAAGGGUCCAGAAUUUCAGCACACUAUCUAUUAGGCAUAUGUUGCUUUUGGGCAGUUGAAAUAUGUCUAAUCUGAACUGAGAUGUAACGAAGUGUAAUAGAUACAUCAGAUUUCGAAGACAGUACAAAAAAAAGAAUGUAAAAUGUUUCGUUAAUUUUUGAUAUUGAUUACAUGUCUUAAUAACACUAUUUUGGAUAUAUGGGAUUAAAUAAAGUAUAUUAUUAAAAUUAA